UGUUGAUACUUCCUGGUUGGGCCCUGAGCGAGUCUGGUGAGGGGAGCCGGGCAAGGAAGGACCGUCACAGCCAUGGCGUACCCAGGUCUUAUGGUGCCCAUUAUUGUGAUGAGUGUGUUCUGGGGGGUCGUCGGUUUUUUCGUACCCUGCUUUAUCCCCAAAGGUCCCAAUCGAGGUGUUAUCAUCACCAUGCUGAUAACCUGUGCUGUUUGCUGCUAUCUCUUUUGGUUGAUUGCUAUUCUGGCCCAACUCAAUCCUCUCUUUGGACCACAAUUAAAAAAUGAUACCAUCUGGUAUCUCAAGUAUCACUGGCCUUGAGAAAGGGGAUGAUCUGUGUGAUUCUCUGUCAUCUAGAUACUGAACCCCAGACAACUUACUUGAGAGAUCAUAUAGGUAAUGAAGAUACAUCUUCUACAUGUGAAAGCAUCCUCUAAUCCAAAGAAUGCCUUAACUCAUCUGUUUGGAGACCAGCUGCCUUAAAUAUUUACACUAUACUUGAAUUUUUGUCUUAUUCUAAAGUUCAGUAUUUUUUUCCUGUUACAUACUUUUAAAUUUUUUUCUCUUUGUCAAACUGUGUGCCUACUUUAUCUAAAGUACAUGCCAAAUACACCAAAGGUAUAUUGGACUCUUCUGAUGCAGAAGAAUGUGAUUUUAAUGAGAUAUAUUAUUCUCUUUUUCCUGUUCAUGCCUAAGAACUUAAAGAUCUCCUCCCCCCUCACCAUUAACCACAUUAAAAAUAAAUAAUGCAUUUAAGACACCUACAGCAAGAUGGAUGGCUACUACAGUUUUGUUAAUCGUGAGGAGAUCAUGUUCAGAGGAAAAAUGUACCCUAAUGGUGUUGGAGCUGUAUCAAGCUGUAUUUUCCAAAGAAUUUAAAUUUCUAUCUAUCUUUGGAAUAAAUUAUUUUUUUCUGCUUUCUACGGAAA